CUUUCCACAUCGUGGCAGCUAUAUAAGCCCCCGCGUGCGAAUUUUCCGCCACCAGUGAGCCUGUGAAAAUUGAGCCUGUGAAAAUCUGCGAAAACUGGAAAUGGCCGCUUUCGUGAAAGCGACUCUUUGCCUUAUCGUGCCAUUGCUUCUUCUGCAGCUGCAGACUGUUCGUUGCGAUGAAGAUGACGAGGGAGGCGUAGAGGGAGCGGGGGAGGAUGAUGAGGCGGGGGAAAAGCAUGAAUCGGAUGGACCGAGUAGAUCCGAGCCGUUGAGUUGGGACGAUCUCCAGUACACCAGACUCCAGGAGAUAAACACCGUUGCCAAGAAGAUCACCGAAACUUUCAACCCCGAUUCGUGCCCCCUCGCAGCCGCCGAAGCCAAAAUCAAACCGCUCAGAAGUGCCGCCCAAGUGGACAAUGUCGUGAACAAAGCUCUGGAAGAGGUGAGCGGCGGUUGCUUGAAGAAGAAGACGAAGGAGGUGGACGAGUUGCUAUGCUCCGUGGGUCAGCGCUUCAAGCGACACCUCAAAUCCGUCGUUUCACUCGCCGAACUCCUCGCCGAACACGAACGCCCCGAAUUUCUUGAAAUCACCAAAACUGCGCCUGUCGUCGACGAUGAGAAGUUCAAAGAGGCCAUCGAGAACCUGAACCCGAACAACGAGCAGAAAAACCUGCAGGUGGACCUAAAAGCCAUCGCCGAACAAGUGAACGCUAAGUUCGGUUCAAACCCUCUCGGACGAAAGGAACAGGCCUACACGAAACUGGCAGCGGCCCGUGAACAGGUUGGGGGCGCCGUUAAAAACGUCAUGGAUGGCGCCAACGUGGCGUUGAACUCCUUCUUUGACGCCAUGAUCGGAGUCAAGAACGUCCAGCGAGAACUCAAGAGCACCCAAGAAUACCCCAAGGACAUCGCCGAAGAAGAGGCUCGCAUCAAGAAAGCCCUCGCCGUCUACAAGGCUCUCGGUUGCUCCAAGGUUAACGACGCCAAGGAUGACGACGAUGAUGAUGCUAGUGCUCGCCGCUGAAAGUUUUUGAACGUGAUUGUAGACGUGAUUGAAACGUGAUUGUGUGAAACGCGUUUCUAGUAUUAAGUAAAAAUGAAAUAAACGUAGCCAUAACCCAGCAAACAUUUUAAGUAUGUAUGAAAAACGGUGGCCAGGCGUGAAUGAUCGAUAAUCUUUAUCUCCACAUUUGAAGGGUUGCCACAGUCAGGAAAUACCGGGAAAUGUCAGGGAAUGUUUAACAGUCAGGGAAAACCUGGAAAUGUCAGGGAAAAUAAUGAAAGUGAAAAUUUUUUAAUUCGCCAUUAUUUAUUUUCCAGAAUGAAUUUGACGUCUUGAACAACACAUUUUGCGUUAUGUCUAUUUCGAAUUUUGUCUUCUUAACCAUCUUGCAUAUCUUCAAUUGUCUAGGAAUUUCACUCAAAUGUGUCGGAAUACGUAAUCAGGGAAAUGUCAGGGAAUUUCAAUUUCUAAAUUUGGUGGCAACUCUGGCUGUGGUAAAGAAUCGACGAAUAAUGUGUUAGUUGCAAACAUUCAACAGAAUGUUUGCAUCGAUAAACAUAUCGAUGCUUUCCUGUAAAAAAUGGCGGAUCAAUAUAACGCAAAGCACACCAUGCCACGGAUAAAAAUGUAUAAAAAAAAUAGUUAAUACAUUAUAGAACAAAACAACCAAAGAUGUUGACAAUGAUGACUCAUGGAUUGAAACCUGCAGAUAGUAGGUAUAUUCAUUAUCCAUGGCAAUUAAAAUGUGACUUGAAAAUAAGUAAACUCAGCAGUAAAUUUUCAUUUUAGUAAGUAAGUAAUGAUUAGUAAUAAUAUGUAGAGGAGCGUAAUAAAAUGUAUAAGAUACGAUUGCAAUAAGAAUGUCAAUUCUAGUAUUCAGCAUAAAAAUAAAAAAAUCGGAACCGUAACUUCCAUAAACUAAAUAAAUGAAAGAUGGCUACAUCAGAUGGCAAUAGAACGAGGAAACCGAUUAUGUCGACAUAGAUGACCCAUGAAUUUAAACUUACAGAAAAUGUAUGAAUCAUGCACAGCAAUUUUAAUUUGACAUGAAAAUAAAAUGAACUUCAGCCGAAA